AUGUAAGGAUAAUGUUUGGAGCAUCAUAAUAAUAAUGAAUAUUUUUGUGUGAAUCAAAAUUGUGAAAAUAAUUGUGUUUUGCUUUGUGAUUUAUGUUUAAAUAUUAAUCAACAUUAAGCUUGUCAAAAGCUUAAAUAAGCUAUACAUUUAGAUUAAUAUACAAAUAAAAUAGGAACAUAAUUAGAUGAAAGAAUCAGAAAAGAACAGGUCUUGUUAGAAAAUUUAAAUAAAACAAAAAAUGAUUUAAUCUAAUUUGAUGAAGACAUCAGAUAGUAAUUUUUAUUAUCUAAAUAUAUUAUAGAAACAUUAAUCAAAGCAGAAUUGAUUCCAUAAUGAUGAAAUAAAAUGCUAUCUUAUUAAAAGAAUUAAGGGUUCCAGCUUUAUUAAAAAAAAUCAAGAAAAAUAAUCAAUUUAGCUAUAACUAUUUUUCAGAAAAUAUUGAAGUAUAAAGACAAUCACCUUUUAUAGCAAAUUUGAUUGAAAAUUUUAAUUAAUCCUUAAAAGAAAUGAAGAAUAAAUUUGCCCAGAAGAUAUAGAAAGAGUAGAUUAGUUUUUAAGAAAAUAACAAUACUCUACCUAAUAAUUAAAUUAAUAAUAACUAUGAACAAAAUACUAAUCUAAAAAUAAAAAUGAAAUUAAGUAAGGAAGAUCAGAAAUCCAACAAAUUUAUUGAAUUGCGAUAAUUUGCAAAUGAAUAAUAAAUAAUUAAAUCAAAUCAACAAAAUCAAAGCAAAAUAGAUUAGUAAUUAAAAAAAAGGAUUUCAUAAAAUCCUAUAGAAGGAAUUCUGUUAAAAAGCUAAAAUGAAUUGAUCAUAUAUUCAGAUAAAACGGUCUAUUAAUUUGAUCUAUAGGAUCAGAAAAAGCCAAUCUAAGUUUACGAUACGUAAUAUCCUAUCAUAAAUUUGCUUAUUGAUGAUACAAAAAAAAUAUUAAUUCAUAUGGAAAAAUAAAUAUUGAUAGUAAAUGAUAAACUAAAAUAUUUAGAUGAAAUUUAAAAAAAGAUUUUUUAAAAUCACAUAACUAUUCAUUCAUAUUGUAAGAUUUAUAGUAAUUUGAUAUAUUAUAAUAAAGAUGAGAAUAAACUUGUAAAAUGCUAGAUAGUAAAUAAAAUAGCGUUGCAUUCAUCUACUAAAUUAUAAUUAUCUGGUCUGAAUUUAUUAUCGAUUAAACUGAUUAAAUGUGAAAUCAAAGAUGAAGGUUAAUUUUUUUUACUUGCAUUUUCAAGCGGGCUUAUAUAAAAGUAUGAAUUGAAUUCAAUGGAUAAAAUAAAUGAAUAUUAGCUCUGUAAAACAGAAUGCUCAUAAAUAUCAUUAGAAAAUGAUUAUUGUUAUGGAAUUUCAGAAAAAAAUCUUUAUUUCAUGAAAUACUCUAAUGGUGUUACUUAAAAAAUUUGUACUUCUUAAAGUGAUAUUAUUUAAUGUGCAUGUUUUAUUAAUGAAUAAAGUAAUUUAUAGAAAAUUUUAGUUUUGCAAUAAGAUAAUGUACCAAUUUUAUUAAUAUUAGAAAUUAUUUAAAUAUUCAACUAAGGGGGAUAAAAUUAAGUAAAGACAAGCAAAAAUUAAAGAUGUGACUUCUUUAUUAGGUUAUAUUGAAUCAAAUUAACCAAAUAAUCAAAAUUAAAAAAAAUAAUCUAAGUGUUAUUUAGGAUUUAAAGAUGGAUAAAUUAUGGGUUUUAAUAUCGAUUGA